UUUCUCGUUAGUGGUAUGAGUCACGCCAAAUAAAAUUCUGGUAUAAAAGAAGGUGGCAUCGAUGUUGGAACAGUAAGUUUACUAAAUUUUGUUACUGUGAAAACACUAAAAGUGAAAAUGAAAGUUCAUAUUAUAUUCGUCUUAUCCGUCGUUGGUCUAUCUUCGGCGAGAUAUGUAAAAUGGUCGCCGAGCGAUGUUGACGGACAUCAAGAUUUUAAGGAAGAUUUUCACCAAUUUUGGUCACACCUUGGAGACCUUUUGGCUGAACAAGAUGAGCAAGAUCUAAAGGAAUUUCUUCAUCAAGCAUUCCAAAUGCAUCGUCCAAUCCACGAUGAAAACAAUUUCAAUCACAACAUGGUUAAACCAAACAGACCGUAUCAUCAUAAUUCUCGGCCAUCGUAUAAUGAUCAAGAAAACAUUAUGCGACCGUUACAUCAUGAAGACUUUGAUACGGCUUCCCAGGAAGUUAUUGACGAAGAAAUAGUAAGACCAUCAUCUUAUCUUCGUGAUGUGGAAAUGGAAAUGAACAACGCCAAGCAACCUCUACCACAGAGGCCACUACGACCGUUCCACAACCAUCCAGAUCAGUUUGACGAAGACAAAUACGUUAUGCGACCAUUACACGAUCUUCUAGCUGAAAUUGACGGGGAAAUGGAACAAUCACUACCAGAAAAUCACAUUAUGCGUCCACUUGGACCAGUUGAAAUCGAAGAGAUUGACAACGCUAUGAGACCCCUCCCACAGAAACCGUUACGACCGUUCCAUAACCGUCCAGGUCACGUUGACGGAGAAAAAUACGUCAUGCGACCAUUACACGAUAUUCAAGCUGAUACUGACAGUGAAGUUCAACAUUCCCUACCACAAAUUCACAUUAUGCGUCCAGUUCGCCCAAUUGAUGUCGCAGAAGAGAUGGACAACGUCAUGCGACCUCUCCCACAAAAGCCGUUACGACCUCUACCCAAUCGUCCAGAUGAAAUUGACGAAGAAAAAUACGUCAUGAGACCAUUACAGGAUCUUUCAGCUGAAAUUGACAGAGAAAUGGAACAGUCACUACCACAAAAUCACAUUAUGCGUCCGCUUGGACCAGUUGAAAUCGAAGAGAUGCAAUGUCAUGCGACCAUUACACGAUCUUCCAGCUGAAAUCGAUGUGGAAAUGGAACAGUCACUACCACAAAUUCACUUAUAUUAGUGUAAGAAGAGAUGGACAACAUCAUGCGGCCUAGCUUUACAUGGUCCGGUCAAAAUUGUACUGAAUGGUGAAGGUCCACGUUCAUUCCUUCUUAUACAAUUAAAUCUGAGGAUAAUAUGUAGUCGAGUAACCAGUGCGUAAAUAAACCCUAGCAACUG